GGAGAGAGUGGCAAAAGCACAUUCAUCAAACAGAUGAGAAUCAUUCAUGGAUCAGGUUACUCUGAUGAAGACAAAAGGGGCUUUACAAAAUUGGUGUACCAGAAUAUAUUUACAGCAAUGCAGGCCAUGAUCAGAGCCAUGGACACCCUCAAAAUCCCAUACAAGUACGACCAUAAUAAGGCUCAUGCACAGUUAGUUCGAGAAGUCGAUGUAGAGAAGGUGUCAACUUUUGAGAACCCCUAUGUAAAUGCACUGAGAAGUUUAUGGAAUGACCCUGGAAUCCAGGAAUGUUAUGAUAGACGACGAGAAUAUCAGUUAUCAGAUUCAACAAAAUAUUACCUUAACGACUUGGACCGCAUAGCAGAUUCAGCCUAUCUGCCAACUCAGCAAGAUGUGCUUAGAGUUCGAGUCCCAACAACAGGGAUCAUUGAAUAUCCAUUUGACUUACAAAGCGUCAUUUUCAGAAUGGUGGAUGUAGGAGGCCAACGAUCGGAAAGAAGAAAAUGGAUACAUUGCUUUGAAAAUGUCACAUCUAUCAUGUUCCUAGUAGCUCUUAGUGAAUAUGAUCAAGUGCUUGUGGAGUCCGACAAUGAGAAUCGAAUGGAAGAAAGCAAAGCACUCUUUAGGACAAUUAUCACAUAUCCAUGGUUCCAGAAUUCUUCGGUCAUUCUGUUCUUAAAUAAAAAAGAUCUCUUAGAAGAGAAAAUUAUGUACUCCCAUUUAGUUGAUUAUUUCCCAGAGUAUGAUGGACCACAACGGGAUGCACAAGCGGCACGAGAGUUCAUCUUGAAGAUGUUUGUAGACCUGAAUCCAGACAGUGACAAAAUUAUCUACUCUCACUUCACUUGUGCUACAGACACAGAGAAUAUACGCUUUGUCUUUGCUGCUGUUAAGGACACGAUUCUACAGUUAAACCUGAAGGAGUACAACCUGGUCUAACUGUGCCUAAGAGGCCCUCCAAGACCACCUUUGCGUGACUGAAGAUGCACAAGAGGGACUGUAUUAUCUGUGAAAACAAAUUGCAUAAUACUAAUUUAUUGCUGGCCUGCACUCUGUGAAUGUUCACAGUGUUUUAGUUAAUAUUACGAUUUUAUUUAAACUAUAUGGAGG